UUUUUAAAAAUUGAAAUAGUUGUUAAGAAAUAAAUGGAGCUCAGAAAUAAUCUCUCUGGAUCAAGGUCUUCAUCUCUUCUAAAGUAUCAGAAGAGGAAGAUGAUUAAAGAUAGAAAGAAUUCUGGUAAAGACAUUCUCUCUGGAUGCCUCUCGAUGCAGUCGAUCAAUUUCCAAGGAGGUAUUGGCGACUUACUUAAAAAUAAAGUCAAGAAUUGAAAGAGCAAAUCAAGAAAGAAUAUCAUCAGAAAAUCCAGCCUUAAAACUGGAGAGUUUUGUAUCAAGCCAAAUAACAGUAAACGGGAAUUCUGGAAAAAUAAUCUCAGCAGUUCCAGAAAUGCUGACUCAAGUGCAUCUUAUAAUCAGAUAACAAAAGAAGACAGCAAUUCAUCAAGCCAAUACACAGAAGUUUCAAAUAAUAAAGAAAGUCAAUGAAGGAACAUUGUUAACAAGAAUUCAAGCCUCUCUGCUUAUUAUGAGACCUCUCCAAAGAAUAUCCACACCCAAUACCGUAAGCCUGGUUCUCCAAAUACGACAUUCAGGAAGCAUGGAAGCAAAUAACUGCAAAAAGAAGGACAGCACUUUGUACAAAGACCUUCUUCUCAAAUUUUGAAAGGACAUAAACUGUAGCACUGAACUUAUUUCACAAUGAGUUUCUAAAUAAACAAGGUUACAAGAAGUUCCUGACCAACGGUGACUCUUGCUUAGACAACCUCAGCAAGGCUGAAUUUAGCAAAUCAAUUUCAAAAAUUCACUCAAAAUUGAUAACAAGAUGUGAAGACAAGUGGAAAAACCACUCUGAUAUCCUCCAGGGCUCCCUUCAGACACUAAAGACAGAGAAUGAGGAGUUGAAUAGUAAGCUCCAGAAAACAACAACUGAAAUGCAAGAUUUAAUUCAAAGACUUAAUAAUUCAAAUAGUUUGAAAGAACUAAGGGACUCCUCAGUAUUUAAUUACACCGAUGAUGAUAUUCAGCCUAAGAACUUAAGAGAUUUUCUCCCUCCUGAAUCAUGAAGUUCCGGUUUCCUCUCCAUUCCAAAAGAGAAUAGUUUCGAAAACACAUUCGAAAGUAUUGAAGUUCGGACUAGCUAUAACGAAACAUCUCAAUCUAUGUCUCUCAUCAAAAUCGAAGAGCCAAAAGCUAAGAACGUCUACGACUACAACAUGAAGAGCGAAAUCUGCUUCCAAAAAUUCAAAAAUCCAAAAAUUCCUCCAAAACCGCUCUGCGACAUCACCAGCCAGCAUCCCUCCAAUUCCAUCCUCUCUAACCUCCAAAACAACAUGCAAAAAUUCACCCAGUACCACGCUGGCCGGAACCACCCUCUCUUCUGCUCCAGAAGCGCUUCUAUAACCCACCUUAACUCCAGACCCACCCCUCUCUCCAAAUUCCCCGACCUCUACAGCCAAAUCUCCAGUGAAGACAUCGAACUCUCCCUCUCCUCUAGCGAAUACCACUCAAAUCCAGCCAAGACCCAUAUAGCCACGAACAAAAGGGCCAACUCUGACUUCUGCUCGCCUACUUCUCCUAUAGGUCAUGACUUUGUUCGGUGUGCGUCACAGGAGUCCCUCCAGAGAGGGACUCCUGUUCCUGUAAGCCAGGAACAGAAGUAUCUCUAUAAGGAGAAUCUGUUGUCACAGAGGGAGGUCUUGAAUGAGCGGCUGAAGAAUUAGAGGGUAGAGGGGUGACUAGAGCAAAGGAGGGUAAAAGGGGUACAGAGAUUUGA